CAAUAUUGUCAUUCCAGGAUUUCUGGAAACGGAAGCAUUUUCAAAACGGUCUCUCAAGGAGUCACUCUCUGCUGGCUGAGCUUUUACUUCAUCUAUCAUUCUCUCUCUGUGUUCUUCUCUGCCCAAUCGCCUCUUUUUUUCAUCCGGAUCUUCUAUGCCCCUUUGAAAAAUCAGGGGAAAGAAGAAAUGUACGAGGGGCAGCAUUUCAUGGAUUUGCAAGAAAAUUCCAAUUUUGGUGACCCAAAUUCUUGGCUUUCGGCAGACGACAACUCGUCCUUCGCUCAACGUCAAGCUCAGUUCUCGCUUGCUAACCCUGCUACUGCGUCCGGGACUAAUGGGAGCUUGGAUCGCGUCCUUUUCAACGACCUCGUCGAGAUUGUCCCGCUCGUUCAGUCCCUCAUCGAUCGUAAAGCAAGCAGUUCAUUCACCCGCCGUGGUUCUAUAAUCUACACCAAGACACCCUCAAGAGAAACAUUAUCUAAAAGAAUAGCAGAUUCAAGAGGUAGGAACACUGCUCAAUCUAUUCCUACCAGAAGGAAAAAGGACCAUGCAGAAAAGGAACAGGGAAAAAAUGAUAGUAAUAACCUUGACACAGACAACUUACCAACGUUUUCUUCAAGAGCUUCGACAUCUGAAAAGGAGAGAGAAGAAUUAUUUAUAUUGAAGGAGCAGGUGGAGGAUCUGCAGAGGAAAUUACUGGAGAAAGAUGAACUUCUAAAGUCAGCAGAAAACUCAAGGAUCCAGGUGAAUGAUCUUAAGAUAAAACUUGAUGAACUGAUGCGCCAGGCUUUAGAGAAGGACUCUUUACUCAAGUCUACUCAGCGACAACUUUCUGACACUAAGAUAAAACUUGCAGACAAGCAAGCUGCUCUUGAAAAGACACGGUGGGAAGCAAUGACAUCCAACAAGAAAGUGGAGAAGCUUCAAGAAGAGCUAGAUUCCAUGCAGGGGGAUAUUUCAUCAUUCAUGCUGCUACUUGAAGGCUUGACUAAAUAUGAUCCUGUCGAAUACACUGAUGACUCUGACUUCAAGCUGAAUGAAUUCAGUCACGUGCCUAGUAUUGAUGAUUUGGACGAGAUGGAGAUGCAGAAGAUGGAAGAAGCAAGAAAAGCUUAUAUUGCUGCGGUAGCUGUGGCCAAGAAAAAACAAGACGAAGAAUCCCUUGCUGCUGCCUCCAAUGCUAGGUUACAGCUUCAAUCAUUCGUUUCCAGAGCCAAAAAUUUUAGCGUUUGAAUUUACUAGCUCUUUUCCCAAAUAUUUACACGCUUGGUCCUUUACCCAAAUCGUAGUAGCACUAAUCCACCGUGCGUAUGUGCCCGCUAGUCUGUGCAAGAGAAAGUGAUUUGUGAUUGUAAGCUUAUUUGAUAUGCAAAUUCGUGGUAUGAUCUGCAUUUUGAAGAUUUUACUCUCAUAAACUAGAGCUCUAUUAAUGAGGAGAAUUUGUCUUUAGGGGCUCUAACUGCAUUUCCGUACAUCUUAAUUUCCCAAAUCCUUUUCAAGUUUACAAAUGCUUAUGGUUUGACCAUAUCUGAAGGAGUUGUAGAUUACUCCAUAUACAGCAGUCAUCACUUCUGUCUCUGGCUUGGGGCUGUAAUUACCAUUGUAUAGGCUGUAAUUACCAUUGUAUCUGUAACAGAUAAAGGGACCUCCUACAUUGUUCACAUUUGGAUGUUCUUUCA